GGCCCCUCCACUCACCAGCCACGUGCUUGGAUUGGGACCGAAGACCGGCCCAUGGCGCCUGUCUUCCCCUAAAGGCUGGACAUGAAUCUCAGGAAGAGGGAGCCUCAGUGGGCUGAUGUCCAGUCUCUCUCCUGGGUGCUAUCGGAGUUGGGGGCCGAAGGGCGGAGCAUCGGUGGGUAGCACUGCCGAUAGCUUUCUGGGCUUUAGUGGCCCUGGGAGCGCCCCCGAGCCAUCUGUGACAGCCCCCAAACUUGCCCCACAAAUUUCCAAACGUUGGCAGCUCUCCUCCCCAAAGCACAGGGUAACUGUGAGGAUUAAAAGUGACAUGACCUAAUGCGGAGCUGAUACAUUAUUCAAGACACUUGUUAAAACAAAGAAAACAUUACUCAAGACACUUGUUGAAGACGCGCACGAUCUCACUCCCUCUCUGUGCCGCUGCGAGAGGCUCUGUGCAGGCCUGGUUCUCCCCAGAGACAGCUUCACCAAAGAGCUCCCCCUGAAAGGACCUGCCCGGCCAGAUGAUGCCUGCUGAGCUGGGGCAGGCCCUGGUCCUGCUGCCGCCACUGCCGAAGGCCGAGGACUCCCCAUUUUCUGGACCGGAUGCUGCCCCGCGAGGGGAGCCCUCCAGCCCCGAGACGGCCCGCCAGCUCUUCAGGCAGUUUCGUUACCAGGUGAUGUCUGGGCCCCAGGAAACCCUGAGACAGCUUCGGAAGCUCUGUUUCCAGUGGCUGCAGCCAGAGGUGCACACCAAGGAGCAGAUCCUAGAGAUCCUCAUGUUGGAGCAGUUCCUGACCAUCCUACCCGGCGAGAUUCAGAUGUGGGUGCGGAAGCAGCACCCAGGCAGCGGGGAGGAGGCAGUGACCCUCGUGGAGAGCUUGAAGGGAGACCCCCAGAGGCUGUGGCAGUGGAUCAGCAUCCAUGUCCUAGGACAGGACAUCCUGUCUGCGAAGGUGGACUCCGUGAGCUGCCAAAUUGGGGAAGUGGAGCCUCAUCUGGAAGCGACGCCGCAGGAGCUGCGACCCCAGAGUUCACCCUCCCGGCCGGGGGCGCCGCUGAGCCCCGUCGUGAAAGAGGAGUCCGACGCGGGGCAGGACUUAGCAGCGGCUGCUCCCCUGAUCCCUGCCCAGCCCGAGGAAAGGCUCCUCAGAGACCAGCCCUUCGGAGCCUCCCUUCUCCAAACGGCGCCCCAGGAGCAGUGGCGGCACCUGGAUUCCACUCAGAAGGAGCAAUACUGGGAUCUGCUGCUGGAGACCUACGGGAAGAUGGUCUCGGGAGGAGAUAGACAGGAGAAUGACAAAGAGAACCUGAACUUGGAAAAUCAUAGGGACCAGGAACCUCCAGAUGCCUCCUGUCGUGCCUUGGAAGAGCCACCUUCGCAGGCUCCCUUGAGUGGCCGCUUCCCUGAGAAUGAGCUGAGAUGCUUUGGAGGAGAGGAUGUCCCUGAGGCUCAGGAAAUCCUUCAGGGUGAGGGGGUGGGGGGACAGCUCUCUCCUCAAGAAAGGACUUCUGGGAAACAGCUGGGUUGCCAUCUGCCCAGCCCUCCUCCGGGACAGCUGUCCAUGCUGGGGCCCGAGCCGAAGAGAGCGGCCUCCCCCAAAGGGCAGCCGAGGGCCCCCAUGGCCCAGAAGCUCCCCACCUGCAGGGAGUGUGGGAAGACCUUCUAUCGGAAUUCCCAGCUGGUUUUCCACCAAAGAACUCACACUGGAGAGACGUACUUUCAGUGCCCCACCUGCCAAAAGGCCUUCCUGCGGAGUUCGGACUUCGUGAAACAUCAGCGAAUUCACACAGGAGAGAAGCCCUGUAAGUGUGAUUACUGUGGGAAGGGCUUCAGCGACUUCUCGGGACUGCGCCACCAUGAGAAAAUACACACAGGAGAGAAGCCCUACAAAUGCCCCACCUGUGGAAAGAGUUUUAUUCAAAGAUCAAACUUUAAUAGGCAUCAGAGGGUUCACACAGGAGAGAAACCUUAUAAAUGUUCCUGCUGCGGGAAGAGCUUCAGCUGGAGUUCGAGCCUCGAUAAACAUCAAAGAUCACACUUAGGGAAGAAGCCCUUCCAGUAGCCAUGCCCUCUCUGCCAUCCUGUUCUCUUCAAAACACUCAGCUCUCCUAGAGCAGGGUCCCCAGCCCCCGCGCCACGGACUCCGGUCGAGGCCUGUCAGGAGCCGGGCGCCAGCAAACGCCUGAGCUCUGCCUCCUGCCUCUGUGCGCCCAGCGGCAGGAGGCGAGCAGUGCAGGAGAGAGCCACGCUGGCUCCCCUGACCCCCUUCUCCCACAAAACUGGUCCCCGGGGCCAAAAAGGCUGGGGCCCUCUUUUGCAUGGAUUAGAGAAGAGAGAACCUGAACGUGGCUUUGGACUCAGGAUAGAUAUAUUGACCUGUCAAUUGGAUUUCACACUGGUUUAAUUUCCUGUAAGAGAAAGAAUAGUCUUUGUCUUUCACCUUAUCUCUCUUUUGGGGAAAGAUGGGAGAAGACUGCCGCUUGGAGAUCCCCUUUCAGAAGUGCUGUCUGGGAAGAGUGGGCCUGGACUGGCUGCAGUCGCAGUUCGUCGGAAGACCCUCGGAUCCGCCCUUUCACGCUGGGGUUCCAGAGCAAGCCUUCUGUCAUGGAAGGGGAAACGGAGGGCCCGCAAGCCCAUGCGUGUUCUUUGUCAUGUCGCUGCGAAAUUAAUGUCCCCUGUUUUAAAUAAACUUAGUAGAGUCACUCCUGUCUUAUUUGUGUCUGAAGUGUCGGCUGAGUGUUGACUGGAACUCGAAGUGCAUUUUCUCACAGAAGACCCUAAAUGGCAGUUGAGCUCCUAGAUCAUCCCACACAAACCUGUCAAGUUUAUCAGCCAGCCUGGUGCUCAGGUGUGUUUGGCCAGUGCCGGGCAUUCUUGGUCUCAGGUUACAUGCCCCGAAGUGUCCUGCUCUCCCGUGUUGAGACUCCACCUUCCGUCUGUUUUGGCCCUCCCCUCGCCUGCUCUUUACUGUUCUUGGUGAGGGGCAGGAGGGUGAGGCUCAUGAGGA